ACUGACUGCAGUGUAUGAGGGACUGUCUCAUUACCUGUCACUGACUGCAGUGUAUGAGGGACUGUCUCAUUGUCUGUCACUGACUGCAGUGUAUGAGGGACUGUCUCAUUACCUGUCACUGACUGCAGUGUAUGAGGGACUGUCUCAUUACCUGUCACUGACUGCAGUGUAUGAGGGACUGUCUCAUUGUCUGUCACUGACUGCAGUGUAUGAGGGACUGUCUCAUUACCUGUCACUGACUGCAGUGUAUGAGGGACUGUCUCAUUGUCUGUCACUGACUGCAGUGUAUGAGGGACUGUCUCAUUACCUGUCACUGACUGCAGUGUAUGAGGGACUGUCUCAUUACCUGUCACUGACUGCAGUGUAUGAGGGACUGUCUCAUUGUCUGUCACUGACUGCAGUGUAUGAGGGACUGUCUCAUUGUCUGUCACUGACUGCAGUGUAUGAGGGACUGUCUCAUUGUCUGUCUCUGACUGCAGUGUAUGAGGGACUGUCUCAUUGUCUGUCACUGACUGCAGUGUAUGAGGGACUGUCUCAUUACCUGUCACUGACUGUGUGUAUACAUAUAGAGGUCUGUCACUGACUGCAGUGUAAGAGGGACUGUCUCAUUGUCUGUCACUGACUGCAGUGUAUGAGGGACUGUCUCAUUGUCUGUCACUGACUGCAGUGUAUGAGGGACUGUCUCAUUACCUGUCACUGACUGUGUGUAUACAUAUAGAGGUCUGUCACUGACUGCAGUGUAAGAGGGACUGUCUCAUUGUCUGUCACUGACUGCAGUGUAUGAGGGACUGUCUCAUUGUCUGUCACUGACUGCAGUGUAUGAGGGACUGUCUCAUUGUCUGUCUCUGACUGCAGUGUAUGAGGGACUGUCUCAUUGUCUGUCACUGACUGCAGUGUAUGAGGGACUGUCUCAUUACCUGUCACUGACUGUGUGUAUACAUAUAGAGGUCUGUCACUGACUGCAGUGUAAGAGGGACUGUCUCAUUGCCUGUCACUGGCUGCAGUGUAAGAGGGACUGUCUCAUUGCCUGCCACUGACUGACUGUAUGCAUGUGGAGGUCUGUCACUGACUGCAGUAUAAGAGGGACUGUCUCAUUGUCUGUCACUGACUGUCUGUAUACAUAUAGAGGUCUGUCACUGGCUGUAUAUGAGGGUCUGUCUCAUUGCCUGCCACUGACUGUCUGUAUGCAUGCAGAGGCCUGUCUCUGACUGUAUACGAGGGACUGACUGUCUUUUUGUCUGACUGUCGCUUAUUAUAUAUCAUAUGUCUGUCACUGGCUGUGUGAGGGACUGGUUGACUUUAUCACUUUCUGACUGACUGUCCCUGAAUGUGCUGCUGACCCCCCCCCCCCCCCUUCUCAUUCUCACUGAGCGCCUGUCUCAUUGACUGUCACUGGCUGUGUGUGACCGUUACUGUGCGCCUGUCUCAUUGGCUGAUUGUCAUUGGCUGUGUGUGACCGUUACUGAGCGCCUGUCUCAUUGGCUGAUUGUCAUUGGCUGUGUGUGACUUGCUGAGCGCCUGUCUCAUUGGCUGAUUGUCAUUGGCUGUGUGUGACCGUUACUGUACGCCUGUCUCAUUGGCUGAUUGUCAUUGGCUGUGUGUGACCGUUACUGUACGCCUGUCUCAUUGGCUGAUUGUCAUUGGCUGUGUGUGACUUGCUGAGCGCCUCAUUAUCUGACUGUAACUAUUACUGCCCAUCUGUCUCAUUGCCACUAGCUGUGUGUGAGUGCUGCUGACCGCUGACCGCCUGUCUCCUAAUCUGCUUGUGUGUCACUGUUACUGAUGCCCUGUCUCAGUUGUCUGUUUAUAUUACUGACUGCCUGUAACACUGUCCUGCUGACUGUCACUGGCUAUGUGUUUUGUGUGUCACUGACUGUCUCACGGUGUGCUCUCUGUUUUUGACUGAGUAGGACAGUGUCUGACCAAUACUCGGCCUCCGGAGAGACUCUCUGUGUUCCUGCCCGCAUGUCUGGCUGUGUACAGUCGAAUGACUGACAGGACCUGCCUGGAUUAGUGACUUUCUGACUGACAGGCUGGCUUCAUAACCGACUAAGUGGGGCUCCGAGAGCCCUUCCCGGCUGCCACCAUGCCUUGGCCCUUCUCAGAGUCCAUCAAGAAAAGGGCCUGCAGGUACCUGCUGCAGAGAUACCUGGGCCACUUCCUGCAGGAGAAACUCAGCCUGGAGCAGCUUACACUGGACUUGUACCAAGGCACUGGUUCCCUGUCACAGGUUCCCCUGGAUAAAUGGAGUCUUAAUGAAGUCAUGGAGUCGGCCGAUGCCCCGCUGGAAGUGACGGAAGGAUUUAUACAGACUAUCACCCUGUCCGUUCCUUGGGGCUCCUUGCUGCAGGAAAACUGUGCGCUAGAGGUGAAAGGGCUGGAGAUGGUGUUCAGGCCAAGACCACGACUACGUUCUGCCGCCGAGCCAAUGUACUGGUCAAGCUUUAUGACGAGCAGUAUGCAGCUGGCCAGGGAAUGUUUGAGCCAGACCGAUGACCAGGAGUCGUCCCAACCCUUUGAGGGGCUGGAGAAGUUUGCCGAAACCAUAGAAACCGUUCUGAGACGUGUCCGAGUCACAUUUAUUGAUACCGUAUUCAGAAUAGAAAACAUACCAGAAAACUCUAAAACGGGAACCGCACUUGAAAUACGAAUCAGCAGGACUGUGUAUUCUGAUGAGACAGUGGACGAGCAGUCUGGUAUUAAUGUGCACAGACCUUCAGCGUUCGCUCACAAGGUUCUCGAACUAAGUGGCGUUUCCUUUUUUUGGGAUGAGUUCCUGGCGUCUGCAAAAUCCUCCCCUGUUUGUUCAGCAGCAAAAGUGGAAACUGAGCCAAAACUGUCACCCAGCUGGAACCCCAAACCGGUGUUUGAGCCGCAUCCACAGUUCACUAGAAGUGUAACGGAAGUCACGCCCUCAGAACCCGUGCAGAUUGCGGCACUGGUCGGGAGAAUUGAGCUGGGACUCAUCCUAAAACAGAAUGAAGUACUUCCUGGGGCAAAGCUGGAUGUGGACGGGCGCAUUGAUUCCUUUCACGUCUUCCUUUCUCCGAGGCAAGUUCACCUCCUGCUGGAUUUGUUGUCGGCAAUUGCUGGGCCAGAGAACUCCAGCCGGGUAGGGAUGUCCAGGAAAGACCGGAAGAGUCGUCCGAUGCAGCAAGAGGAUGAGUUUCGCCUCCAGAUGGAGUUGAAACGGUAUCUAAAAAAGGAGGACAUGUCUGGGGGGGUAUCUGCGGAGCACAGCUUCUAUGAGACCGAUACGGCAAAGACCCCCUCUAGCCAUGAUGAAGAAGUCUUCUUCUCAAUGGCCGAUAUGGACAUGUCCCACAGUCUCUCUUCUCUCCCCCCACUUGGAGAGCCACCAACAGUGGAUUUAGACCUGUCACUUAGCAGCACCUAUACGACGUCUCCUAUUGGGUCACCACAAGGGGGCGCUGUGACAACAUGGGGUGACUAUCAUGAUCACCUGAGACUGGAAGAGACAGUCGCACGAGGUGCUUCUUUCAAACCCAGCGUGAACCAAAACGGUCUAAAGAGAACCUCGCUACCAGCCCGAUCUGUUUGUGUGGACGAAUCUAGACCUGAGCUGGUUUUCAGACUGCUGGUGGGCUCGUUGUCUGUCUCGCUGCUUCACAUCGACCCUCUGCCACCGACGGAGACCACAUCACACCCUAACCCACUGACGCCCCUGUCUCUUAGCUUCUUCAGCCGCAUUGACGCACUGGAUCCGCAGACCUUUGCACAAAGCGAUUUUACCUCAUUACGGAAUAUUUUCGCCGAGGCCUGCACACUUGAUCACCUCAGGUUCAUAGGAACAGAAAUAAAAAUCUCUCACGAACAGCGCCAGAGGUCUGGUUUGCGCAGUUUCAGUACGGACGUCUGCAUCGGUCAAACCGAGCUGCUCGAGUGCCUUUUUCCUAAUGAUUCAAGGUUUAUUCCACCUCAGUACACAGAGUUAUUGAAAUUUGAUAUGAAUAAAGAUCCGGACAGCCGACCGCCGCCGUGUGUCCACUUGCACUAUAAGCUUACGGAAAACAGAGGCGCUCAGGGCAGCUCUGGGCGGCUGAGUUCUGCCCCCCAGAGGUCAGAGCUACACAUCCAGCUGACAUCCGCUUCCUGCGAGCUGGACGUCACCAUCGUGGACAGACUGAACUCCCUGCUGCAGGCGCAGAAGCUGGGCAGCGUGGAGAUGAUGACCUCACACCUCUUCACCUCCUACAACAAGCACAUUAGUUUGCACAAAGAUUUCCCUGAGGUUCUCCUAGAUGACUCUCGGUCUCCAGUAAACACAAGGACCUCUGUGCUGGUCUCUGCACCCUCGCUCCACCUCGCUGUACGCUUCCCAAUUCCAGACCUGCGAUCAGACCAGGAACGGGGUCCCUGGUUUAAGAAAUCCCUCCAAAAAGAAGUCCUGCACUUAAAGUUCACAGACAUUGCAUUUAAGACAGAGAUCCUAGGAGGCUCUUCCCCUGAGCAAUUAAAAUUGGAGCUUACAUUCAAGGAGCUCACCGGCACCUUCCAGGAGAACAGUGAUGGACCCGAUGUCCAGUUCCUGAGAGUAGUGAAGAAGAACAAUGAAGUAGAUGGUGACAUGACUACUUCAGACAAUUUUGACUGGCCGAGGAUUGUGUUGAAAAUCAAUCCCAUUGCUGUGCACUCUAUUCUUGAGCGAGUGUCAACAGAGGAAGAUGAUGAGGUUGAUGGGCGAUUUCAGGAUGAUGAAGAAGGGGCUUCUCACUCCCUGAAAGACGUGUGCGACUUCAGGCGCCCAGAGCCUUCCCCGUUCUCCUCUCGGAGAGUCAUGUUUGAGAACGAAGAGAUGGUGAUGCCGGGAGAUGCCAUAGAAAUGACCGAAUUCCAAGAGAAGGCCAUCAACAAUUCCCAUUACGUAUUGGAACUGACAUUGCCUAGUGUAUUCGUAAUGCUACCUAACAAAGUCUUCUAUGAGAAAUUGUAUAACAGGAUAAGCAAUGAUUUGCUGCUGUGGGAGCCCACUGCCCCUUCUCCGGUGGAGACUUUUGAAAACUUAUCGUACGGCAUCGGCCUGUCUGUCGCCAGCCAGCUGAUUAACACCUUCAGUAAAGACGCAAACAGCGUGUUUAAGUCGGCUCUUCGUUACGAUGAUGACAGCGGCUCAGAAGAGGAGACUCUGCAGUACGACUACAUCCUGGACUCAAACUAUCAAUGUCGCAGAAAAAAGAAACUGGAGUGCCAAAGCAAGCAGUCUCAGAGCUUCCUGUCUGUCCUGGUGAAUGUCAACCAUGGCCUGAUCUCUCUGUUUACCGAUGUCAAGCAGCAGGCUGAAGGGAAAGUACUGGAAGGCAAGCACGGAGAGUUUUGGUUGGAGUUUAACAGUGGAUCUCUCUUUACGGUGACAAAAUAUGAAGGAUUUGAAGACAAACACUAUUUAUGUCUUCAUGCAAGCAGCCUGAGUUUCUACCACCAAGGUGUUUUGGACAACGUUGUUCAUCCUGCUGACCUCAGGCUUCCUAGCUUGCCCCGACCACACUGGUUAGAACCGACAAUUUAUUCCUCUGAAGAAGACGGAACCGGUAACCGUGUGAAUGGAAAUGGAGUGGGAGUGGACAACCUAAGCAUGCUGACCGUGGCAGUGAAAAUCCAGUCCGAUAAGUCUGAAAAUAAUACAAAGGAGUUCCUCAUUGCGGUGGGCCUGCGAGGAGCGACACUUCAGCACCGUGUACUUCACUCGGAACACACCUGGCAUGAACAGAUACUGCAGUUUCUGAAUAUUUCAGACGAGCCGGUUUUAGGCUACAACCCUCCAACCUCCAUUACCACUUUCCAUAUUCACCUGUGGAGUUGUGCUCUGGACUACAGGCCUCUCUUCUUACCCAUACGAGCUCUGCUGACUGUGGAGACCUUCAGUAUAUCCAGCAGUGUUUCAUUGGACAAGUCCUCCUCCAGCCUUCGGAUUAUCUUGGAUGAGGCUGCUCUGCAUUUAUCUGACAAGUGCAAUGCGGUGUCUGUUAAUUUAAACCGAGAUUACGUACGUGUCUUGGACAUGGGACUGCUGGAACUGACUAUACUGGCGGUAAAGUUUGGAGAAAAGAACAAGCCCCGGUUCGAGAUGUACUGUUCCAGCGAUGUGAUUCACAUCAGGACAUGCUCAGACUCUUGUGCUGCGCUGAUGAACCUCAUCCAGUAUAUCGCCAGCUACGGUGAUCUACACCCGCCAACCAGGACCCAGACGUCGCCUGGAGCGCAGAAGAAAACCAAGAAGGCUGACGCGUCUACGGGCUCCAGCUCCCGCAGCCCAUUGCUGGCUGAGGCAGAACAACAGAUACUGCGCGAUUUAAUGAGCGACGCCAUGGAGGAUACAGACACUUACCAAGAUGCCUCUCCUGUAAAACCGCAGCUGAACGGGUUUUCUGAAGGCAAAUCUGAACUGCUGGAGCCCCCUUGCUCUGAUCUUUUCCUUUUUCCUGAUGAAAGUGGAACUACAUCUGAGGAAUCUAGUCCCACGUUCACGUCAGCUACUCCCCAUCUCAUCAGUGACGCCAUUCUCGAUGUUCCACUUGAAAGCGAUGACUUCUGUAUUCUGUAUGCUCCAAAGACAUCAGUGUCGGAAAAGGACGAGGAGCCGCGUGUGAGAAAACUUGUUCAUGACGCAAUCUUGAUUAAAGAGAAUUAUUUCAUCUCUCCUGAGAGGAAAGCGGACACCAGCAAGGCCCCACUGCAUUUCCCAGUACCCAUCGUUCGGUAUGUGGUCAAAGAGGUCUCGCUUGUUUGGCAUCUGUACGGUGGUAAAGAUUUCGGAAGUUCUCAUCCUUCUACUUCCCCUGCUAAGCAUUACAUGAGCCCUCACAGCUCCCCGUCCACCACACCCACGAGGCGAGCCAGCAGUUUGGUCCGUGGUGGCCGCGGAAGAAACCAAGACUUGCUGAUGGAAAUCCAACUGACUAAGGUAAAGUUCCAGCAUGAAGUAUACCCACAGGCUGAUCCGGAGACGGAACCGAUGCUGUUGGAGCAACCGGUGUCACGGCAGGUGUUUAUUGUCCAGGAUCUGGAGAUUAGAGACCGGCUGGCCUCGUCUCAGAUGAAUAAAUUCCUGCACCUGUACAGCAGUAAGGAGAUGCCGAGGAAGGCGCACUCCAACAUGCUCACAAUCAAAGCCUUACACGUGCGUCCUGAGUCUGCCCAUUCCCCGCAGGAGUGCUGUCUGCGAGUGACGCUGAUGCCGAUCCGCCUCAACGUAGAUCAGGAUGCCUUGUUUUUCCUAAAGGAUUUUUUUACAAGUCUUUCUGCAGAAGUGGAAAUAUUGGUGACGCCGGAUCCUGAAGUAAAGAGAGCGCCGGGCUCUGAUGUCACCUGCCGUUUGCCAAAACAUCUGAACUCUCAAGAACGAAUCCCUGUGAUUUCAUUCCUGGGACAGCCGGUCGGAAAUGGCGAGCUGAACUUUGCGGAGUUCAUGGAGGGGCGGGACAGUUUUGAGGAUGACCCCUCAUUCAGCGACCAGCCUGUGUUUUUCCGGGAGUUCCGGUUUACUGCAGAAGUUCCAAUAAGGCUGGAUUACCACGGAAAACAUGUCUCAAUGGACCAGGGUACUCUCACUGGGAUACUUAUAGGACUGGCCCAGCUGAACAGCUCCGAACUGAAGCUGAAGAGACUCUGCUACCGGCACGGAUUACUAGGUGUGGAUAAGCUUUUCUCUUAUGCAAUUAACGAGUGGCUGACGGACAUUAAGAAGAAUCAGCUGCCCGGGAUUCUGGGAGGAGUGGGGCCGAUGCAUUCUUUAGUACAACUAGUUCAGGGUAUGAAGGAUUUGGUAUGGUUGCCUAUAGAACAGUACUACAAAGAUGGCCGCAUUGUACGGGGCUUCCAAAGAGGAGCAGCGUCAUUUGGGACAUCCACCGCCAUGGCUGCGCUAGAACUGACCAACAGAGUUGUACAAACCAUCCAGGCUGCUGCAGAGACCGCCUAUGACAUGGUGUCCCCUGGAACAAGUCCUAUGGAGUUAAGAAGGGCAAAGCGAUUUUCUCAUCACCGAUUGGUGCAUCAACCUUUCGAUUUAAGAGAAGGCGUGGCCAAAGCUUACACUGUGGUGAAAGAGGGCAUCACGGACACGGCUCAGACGAUCUAUGAGACGGCAGCUCGCGAGCACGAGAACAGGGGUGUGACGGGGGCUGUUGGGGGGGUUCUCAGACAAAUUCCACCUGCUGUUGUUAAGCCUCUAAUAGUUGCCACGGAAGCCACAUCAAACGUGCUGGGCGGAAUGCGAAAUCAGAUCCGGCCUGAUGUCCGGGAGGAAGAGUCGCAGAAGUGGAGAUUAGAAGAAGGAUAGUUUGCCGUUGUUGUGAUGUGUGGACGUGGACUGAACGCCCGAGGAGGGUUGCAACACAGAGACGUAAAUGAACUCUGUCGAUGUAUACGUUUUAGCUUUCUCGGCUCAGGAAUUGAUGACCUGUUGGUAAAAGGAAACCCUCCUGCUUCUCCUGGUAACUCAAGCGUCACGGCCCAGGGGACAAGGAAUGGCGGUGUUCAUCCUGGGCAGACCAUAGAUCUUUAUCAUGCCUGCUCUACUUCCGUCUCUGACCUGGAACCUUCCCUCCGACCUUCCUUCUCCGAACAGUUCCAAACAUGACAUAAGCAACUGACUCCAUUAUCCCUCAUUAAAGAAAAAGUCUAUUUUGGCAACAGCUGUAUAGAAGUGUAACUUGUACUAUACAAUUUCCCCUCUUCCUUUGCUUCACCCUUGGUUAAAAGUUGACAACAAUUCCGUUCCAUGUUGUAUGUAGCUGUUAGGUUCCCGGGUCUCUGAGAGAAUACAGUCUUGUGUUACAUUUAGUCUGUACAUUUGCAAUCUGUUUAUAGUGUUAAUAAAAUAUGUGUUACGGUGA